CCGGUAGUUCGUUCGACUGUCCAUCGUUCAGUCACUGGGUUGUCCAUCGCGCCUGUUGACACCUGAAUUCGUAUUUCGUGCGAUUUUCAUUUCGCGCGUUUCGGCACUUCCCAAUGCGACGAUAAUGUUCGAUCCGAUCGAGAGAUCCUUCUAUGCGUGACAAAAGUGAGACGUGAUCGGAAGCGUCGAAAAAAAACCGAUCGUUAUCGUCGUUAAAUGCGGUGGUGGAGGAGAAUUGUAUUUCUUAAACCGCACGUUCCAUUGCACACGGAUAAUUUUUCUCUCGCGGAGAGAUUGGAAUGAAUUUUCGAUACGGAACACGACACUAUUAUCAAUGAUGUGGAUAAAUUUGAUGGCGAGUUCCAUCCUUGCUUAACUUCAACGGUUUAAAAAUAUAAAAGUGAAAAUUGGAAAAGAGAAAGAGAAAGAUAAAGAUAAAGAUAGGGAAAGAUUUUUCUAUAUUUUUCAAUUUUUCUAUAUUUUGCGCUUUUUUCUUGAUAUAUUUUAAACAAAAAAUAUUUUUAAUUUUCCAAAAAUAAAAAAUUUAUUUAUCGUUAUUUAACAAUGACUUAUACGACAUGCUGGUGAGUGAAUAAAUCACGAAUUUCAAAAAUUGUUCUCUCUCUCUCUCUCUCUCUCUCUCAAAAAGGAGUCUCGUAUCAAUCGUUAUGCUCGAACAGAUCAGAAACUGUCUGAUUAAAACACGAGUGCACGACGAUUGCUGAUAUCGGAAUAUUGAAAGCGUUAGAAAGCUAAUUUCGAUCAAAAUCCCAUCGUUUCAAUUAUGCAGAAAGGAAUUGUUUUAUUGAUUCUCCAUGUCUUCUGCGACACUGUAUUGGCAGGACAAUGUGGAAAGGUGUGGGUCACAGUUUCCUCUUUAUGGAGACCAAUUGCUGCUUGCGAUAAAGUGGUCGACGCAGAAUUAGAAAUAAAUUGGGAAUUCGAUUGUCUAGCGGACACAAGAUAUUCAGAUACCCAGAUCAAGGUGUUCACUGCUGACCCGUUAGCAGCACAUAAUAAAAUGAUAAAGCCUGAAUUGACCUUGACUUCCUUACAACGUCCGCGAGGAUAUUACAGGACAAAUAUUACAGUCGGUCGGCCACCGUUGCCAGGAGGAUGGGAUACAAAGGACGGGGCAACUCUUCCAGGAUCACAUUGUCUCGAUUAUUAUGCAGUCCUUUACAAAGAUGGUCACAUGCUCUCUAUGACUUGUUUACAAAUUUGGCCGACUUGGAUGUAUGAUUUGAGGAGAGAAAUCGGUAUGCUUCCUAUCGGCACUCUAAUGAUACCCGGAACACAUAAUUCCGGCUGUUAUAAGCACGGCGAUCUGACGCGCCGGGAUGCCUUUCAACGAUACUUGCUGACGCAAGAUCGCGACGUUUGGACGCAGCUGGUGCACGGCAUAAGAUAUUUGGAUAUCAGAGUUGGAUAUUACCCAUCGAUACCGAACGGCACCGCACUCGAUGAAGAGGGCAAUCAUGUAAAUAGAUUUUGGGUCAAUCACGACGUUAUUCGCAUUACACCUCUUUCAGAGAUCCUAAAGGACGUGAGAAAUUUUUUGGACGCAGCGAGGGGUGAGGUUGUUAUUAUGGAUUUUCAUAGAUUUCCCGUGGGCUUCGAAGGUAGGCCAAACAGACAUCGAAAAUUAAUAACUAUUUUACAUCAAGAGUUCGAAGGGUUAAUUCUGAAACCAGACAGAGGGGUCGAAGGCCUGGGGCCAACAUUGAAUGAUAUCUGGACUGGCGGGAAGCGAUUAAUUAUUUGUUAUGGAGAUAAGCAUGUAGUAAAUGACUACGAUUGGCUGUGGCCACCCUUGACACAAGUAUGGGGCAAUCAACAAACCGUGGAAGGUUUAUUCGAGUACUUGGACGAAGAGAUCUUGGGAUCAAAGAAACGCAAGAAUAGUCAGAAUCCAUUGUGGGCAGUAAUGGCAGAGCUGACACCAUUCCCAUUGGAUAUAUUCUUUAAUCUAUCUGGUGGACUUCGGCAGAUGGCCGAUUCCGUUAAUCGAAAUCUCACUGUCAAGUUUCAAGAGGAGUGGUGGAAAGAAACGAAUAUUGUUGCUACGGAUUUUUUUCUCGGAAACGACUUGAUUUGGGUAUCGAGAAUGUCGAACAUAAAAAAAAGUAAUAUUGCACAAUGGCGUUUAUAAUCAAUAUAUAAAAUUACAAAUCACUCUUUGUUUCGAAAAAGUGUAAUUAUAAAUUAAACAAUCGUUUCCCUUAAA